GGCUUCUUCCUCGGGAUUUUAAGUUGCGGUUGCACAACAACCUAUGACUGUUAAAACAGUUUUCAAGUAAAACUUGAUGUUGAAGAGUGACUAGGCUAAUUGUUGGCAAUCAAACUUUGUUAUAAAUAGGACUGUUUCUUUUUGGAAGUUGGCAUUCGUUUGGUUCCGUUGAAAGCGAGAUGAGCGGUGAACUGAACGCUGUGUGGUCCAAAGCAAAACCAAAGCGCUCCAAAUUGAGGAUCACACUAUCACGAAUAGCGGAUAUCGUCUACUAUUUGGGCGUAAUUCUUUUUGUGGUCAUUCUGGCCGUUCAAGGAGUUCAAUGCAUCAUUCGUUAUUUCCAAUUUCCGAGUUACACCUCUACCAAGAUCGUGGAUCAAAGUGAGGCUGAUUUCCCCGCUGUCACGGUGUGUCCCGAUGGCGCCAACAACAAUUACAACCUGGACGCCCUCCGUAAGAACGGCUUUGAUUCAGGCAGGAGUUACUACCAAAUCCUUACCGAGUACGGAUUUGUGGGAAAUGACUCCCAAAAGAACCCCCGAGACACAUUUCUGGAGGUGACCUGGGAUUUGUGGGAAAUACUGGAAUAUCUACGGUUCCAUCUGGAACAGCCCACUCCCGAGGGCGAAACCGUGGUGACCAUCAGUAAAGAAAACUAUCAGCGAGACAACUUUCACGAGCGGAGAAAGCGAACUUUUGGACGGUGCUACACGAUUCUCCCUGAAAUGGCGAUACGCAAGUUGGGCGUGUUCAAAAUGGAAAUCAAGUAUCGUUCACAAAUGAAGCAGUAUAUCCACCGUUUCAACCAAUAUUUGAACUCCAAUGGUCGAAUGGGUCACAAGAUCUAUCCCAACGAAAUCGUCCAGAACCAAAUCAACUACGUGGACGUGACCAUGAUCCCCCGAGUCGAUGAGGAUAACAAUCCUACAUGCUCGUCAAAAUCCUUUGAUCAUUGCAUGAACGAGGUCUUGGAAUAUCACAUGCUGAAAGAGGCCGGAUGUAUGGCUCCAUGGGUCAUGAACGACUCAAACAUCUGCACGGAGUUGGACAAGGCCUUGAUCGCCUAUGAUGUGGCCUACAGACGGGUGACCAACCAAUUCAACGACUGUCUUCAGCCUUGCAACUUCUUUCUGGUCAAUGUGGGAGCCAAAAACUUCCAAGUGGAUGAGUCACUCAAUGGGUCCAGCCUUCAGGUCUAUUACUUCUCUCGACAAGUCAUGGUGAACACAGAAUACUAUCUCUAUCCAUUCCUGUCCUUGGCGGCUGAAAUUGGCGGAUAUGUGGGCCUUCUUUUGGGCAUUUCUUUCUUGCAAGGAACGCGAUUGUUCGUCGAGUGGAUGAAGGCCAAAGCCCGUGAACAACAUUUGGCGGAUCGUAUGACACCCACAACUGAGAUAGAUCAACUUCAUGGGAUGAAAUUCUAGCUAGAGACGCCAAAAUUUUGUUAGAAAUGGCUGAUCAGAAUGAACUAUUCGGAAUUGAGCUGAACUCUGUUUUGAAACAAUGUUUUUAGUUGUGAUUAAAAAUGCACGUAACCUUUUGUUUGCAAAUAUUUGUAUCCGGAAUUGUAAAGGUGAAAAAGAGAUCGGGCACUUUUCUUUGAAUAAAAAUUAACGUUAAGGAAAAAUGGUGUUAAAUAUGCAAAAGUGUUUCUGGAAAGCAAAUAUUUUAGACACGAAAGUGGCAUUUCGAAACAAUCAGAAUUGGAAUGACUGACGAUAGCAACCAACUAAACCAAAAGUCUUAUCCUUUAUUCAAUAAAGUCUAUUACAC